UCAAUAACGUCGACAAUGGCGGGCAAAGAAGAGCUUGCAAAACAGUACCUCAAAAGACACAAAAUUAUGGAGCUUUUGGAUAACUUGACAGCCCAAUUGAUAUACGAAAGACCAGGAAAUCCAAAGGAAUACAUGUGUAAUUACCUGGAAAAACUCAAAACUGGUCGUACUGUUCAAAGAGGAUACCCAUGCCUGUUUGAUGACACUAAUAUUAGAUCAUUAUUUGGAAUGCUGGAUGUCACAGGAAAUGGGUUCAUCACUUUUGAACAAUAUAAAGAAGGCCUGGACACUCUUGGUGUUGAGCGCUUUGAUAAAAAUCCAUCAGGUGCUGACAUUGACAAGAUUAGUGGAGAGACUUUCCUUAAGGAGGCGAGACAAGGCCUAUUACAAUCAUCGGCAACAUUUUCUUCUUAGCUUCUAAACAUUUCUAUUUGUAAAUAUCAGUGUGUAUAUAUGAAUUUAGAAAUUAAAAAUAUCGUAGUACAAGACAAAUAAACACUUGGUAAUUCUCUUGUU